CAUUCCGUCAUUAUGGCUGUUUCCGGUUCAUUGAAUUGCCCUGUAUUAAUUCAGUUUUUAUAGAUUCGUGUUCAUAGGUAUAUCAAAAUGGACUGGCAAUUAACUUGUAGAGUUUGUCUGGAAACUGGUGACAUGGUUUCUCUUUUUGAUUGGGAUGAAAAUAAUGAGCAACUUGGUGACAAAUAUACUUACUGCUGCGGUAUUGAGGUUAAAAAAAAUGAUUCCUUACCGACACUUAUUUGCUUAAAUUGUGUAGAUCGGCUUACAUAUGCGUAUCAGUUUAAACAGCAAUGUCUUUCUUCAAACGAUACAUUAAAAGAAUGCCUGGAGGAGUUUGUGAAGAGUUCCGAAGCAGUUUCUGCAGCCAAUACUUCCAAAGUCACAGAGACGGAGACAAUCACUAUAAAGCAAGAGAAUGGAUUGCUCCUCCAAUAUGAGCUUCCAGUGGAGCAUGAUCCUCAAGUGCAAUGGACAAGAACUCUUACUAAAACUCCUAGUAGCGCAGUGGUGACAAAGGCUCCUGGACCAAAGAAGAGAGGUCGUCCACGGAAAUAUCCUAAUGAGCAGGGACAGAUUGAUGUAUCCCCAUAUCAGCGUAAAAAGCCCAUACCAACUCAAAAGGAGCCUGCCGCUCUUACAACACUGCUGGCAUCCGGCUCCCUAGAUAUGAAGGAGGAGCCUCUUGAUGAGGAUGAGCCUUUUGAAACUGGUGGUUUCGAUGGAGAUGAUGAUGAUCCAGAAUUCAAUCCUGCAGACGCUGCUGAAUCAGAAACAGAAAUUCCGAUAGAGAAUCAGCCGCGUAAGAAGCGUGGUCGGCCGCGUAAACAUCCUAUAGAGAAAUCUAAGCUGAAAGAAGAGGACGGAGAGGAUGUAUUGCUAAAGGAAACCAUAAUGGCUUUCUCAGAACCAAUACCGGAACAUAUUCUCAAUCCAAAACCUAAGAAGAAAUAUAAUACUAGUAAUACAAAGAAAAAGUAUCAUUAUGAAAAGACGCACACAUGUGAAACAUGUGGUUCUUCAUUCACAUCAAAUGCGUCAUUGCAAGCGCAUAUACGUCGGCAUUUGGGCAUUAAACCAUUUGUGUGCAGCGUUUGCACUUUCGCAACGACGAGUCGGCUCGGCCUCCAGCGGCAUAUGCUGAGGCACACAGGGCAGAAGCCCCUGAAAUGCCAAUUCUGUGAGAGGCGGUUCGUUGAACAUGGAGAUCGGCAGAAACAUGAAAGGUUACACAUGGGUCUGCGGCCGUACCAGUGCAGCGUGUGUGGCAAGUCCUUCACGUAUUCGUAUGUACUCGCGAACCACAUGCUCACGCACACAGGCGAAAAGAAAUACUCUUGCGGUCCAUGCAAUAAGAAGUUCACAAAGGCACAUCACCUUAAAUAUCAUAACAAGGUCCACCACAAAGAACUGUACAUGCAGCAACAGCUGGAGGCUGAGGCUAAGAAGAUGCGGCAGCAGAUAAACGUCACCGGCCUCUCUGGAGUCCUACAGGGACAGAUUGUUGAUGGCACGCUGCAGCUUAUACAAGCUGCACCUGAAGAAGGGGACCAGGAGGCACAGAUGCAAGUGGUUGAGGAUCAAGAUCAAAUUGAAGACUCUGAGGAGAAGGAAACGGAUCGAGCAGUUGCUAGCAUGCAAGCGGUGGUAUUAGAUGCAGAAUUUAGUGUUGAAGAGGAAGAUGAUUCUAAAAUAGAGUAGAUAGAUAAAUUGAGAGUGCCGUUUGACAGGAUCUUGUUUUUAACUCGGCCUGUUGAUGUACUGAAUGAUAUGUAUAAAGUAUAUAUCAAUAGUAUUAUUAUGAUUAAUUAAUAAGUUAUAGCAAAAAAGCACAAAUUACAAAAGUUUUAUCAUUAUGUUUACUUAUUAUCAGAUAAUGUGCGUAAUGAAUCAUUUAAAUAUGUAGUUUCAAUCGACAUAUGCCUUUUGUCUACUUCACCUAAGAUUCCAGUAUGUCUAUUUAAUGUUUUCAUAAUUUGUUGUUAAUUGUUAUGCUAUACUUUCCCCAUCGAUAUUUUUAGUUUUCUAAGUUUACUUAUGAAAAAUUAGAGGAUACGACUUAAUAUUUGAAUUUGUAAGCAUAAUAAUGUAGGUUUCAAAAAGGGCGUAAUAAGGUUUCUUAAGGGUCAGCAACACGCAUGCGAUAACUCUUGUGUUACAGGUGUCCAUAGGCUACGCUAAACCCGGUUACUAUCAGACGGGCCGCAUGCUUGUUUGCCACUAUGGUAAUAUAAAAAAAAAAGUCAAUCAAGAAAAUAAGCAAUUCUAUAAAGACCAAUCGCAAGUAAAUGAACUAUAGUUAUUGUUUCAUUGGUCGCUCAAUUAUUUGUUGGUCACUAUUGUACAUUAAUAGAUCUGUGAACAAAUGACAUGUCCAUGUGAAGACAAAGGGAAGAAAAAACUUAUGAAAAACAAUAUGCCCGCCCUGUUAUGACGGACAAGAAUGUAUGCUGAGGGUUGUUCGUCGUCUGCGCAGGUUUUUAUAGCUAAUUUGUCAUUACGGAUACUGUAGUUUAGACUAAUCGCGAAUCGACUUAACACAGCAAAUAUUUACAGCGUUUUCCCUGCAAACAAUAGUAGAAACUAUUGAAUAAUUUCUAAAGUUCUUUUUUGCGUAAUGCUUAUUAGGUUUUUACUAUAUGAAGGUAGACUAAUGAAAUUGUUUAUAAUGGGCCCAUCUGACCUGUCAAUUGUAAAACUUUUGUUAUUUGCGCAAACAUACUGAAAAAUGUGUUUACACGGAAAAAGUGAGACAUUGUGAUAUUAUUUGUUUACUUUUACUGUGUAAAUGUUUAAUGAAUUAUAAACCGUUAAAUGUAAUUGUAAUCCAAAUAAAAUAUAAAUCAUGGAGGCAAAA